CGUUUUCUGUGAUAGCCCGUCCCGGGGACGCCUGGCCCGAAGCCCUGAGGGCAACAAGAAGAACCUUCUGGAGAAGGAAUGAAAGCAAACGGUGCCUCCCCAAAAAGCUGAGGAUUUUCCCUAAGUUUCUCGCCUUAAAAACGAAAUCAGAAUUAUGAAACCCAGGCGUUUCCUCCCCGCACGCACCCACCCAGCGCGAGAUGACGCGGCUUCCCCCGCUGCAGACAUCGGCGCUGCGUCGAAGGGAAAAGGAUCGGAGAUGUCGCAGGGCGAAGGCGCCGGCGGCGGCUAUGAGAAAUGGGAUUUCGACGAGGGGAUGGGGUCGGGGAAGGGAAAGCGGAGGGACGCGAUUAACGGAGGCUUCCCUCUGGAUAGAGCCGUGGUGCUGCUCUAUGUGCUUCUGGCCGUCGCCUACGCGCUCUUCACGGCUCUCACCGUCGUGAACCUGCGGAGAGCGUCCGCGGCGCGGGAGGCGUCGGAGCAAGCCCAGGCGCGGAGCGAGAGCGGCCUCGCGACGGCGUGGCGCAACCUCUCGGAGACCCGGCGCACCCUCGAUGAACAGCUCUCCGUUGACCUCAAGGAGCUUCACAGCCAACUUCUGCAUGUGUCGGAAGAAGUGGAGAGCGCGCAGCGGAUGGUGGCGCGGUGCAGAGCGGAGUGCGGCUCGGAGCUGUCGGAUCGCCUCCAUCUCCUGGAGGAGAGGGACGCGCUGGCGCCGGUGCUGCGGCGGCUGGCGGAGGUGGAGCAGGAGCAGAGCCGCGUCGAGGCGCGCCUGGACGCGGCGUUGGAGGGGGCGCGGAACCUCUCGGAGAUUCUCUGCGCGACGUGUCCCGCCGGCUGGCAGCAGUUCGACAAAACCUGCUAUUUUUUCUCCGACGCCAAGCAGUCGUGGCGGGCUUCCCAAGAGUCCUGCGCCGCCUUCGGCGCCCACCUGGCCGUCGUCAGCAGCGAGCAGGAAAACAAAUUUCUGGCAAAUCACAUCAUGGACGACCGGGUUUUUUGGCUGGGCCUGACGGACACGCUCCAAGAAGGCAACUGGCAGUGGGUGGACGGCACCCCCCUCUCUGUCCUGUACGUUUUUAGCCUCAACGGAGGGUUCUGGAACAGCGGUGAGCCCAACAACGCGGGCCGUCACGGCGAGGACUGCGCCAGCAUCUACUCCAACGGCCGCUGGAACGACAUCAUCUGCACCAACGCCGAGGCCUGGAUCUGCGAACGCAGCUGCUGACGGGCCUCAAAAAUGGGGGAAAACCAGUAAAAAGUGACCUUUUGGGGUCUGUAAAAUGGGUACAACCCCUUCCCAAAAGCUUCGGCGGGGGGUGGGGGGGGCGCGGCG